ACGCCACGUUCACGUCGUACGGUUCUCUCCCGGGUUCUCCCGUCCGCGGGCGGUCAGUCCGCGUGAGAAUUGAGGGGGCUUCGGAGAUGUAUGAAAACACGCGCGUGUCGCCGCGAGUAUUCACGGCGAUACAGAAUGUCGAUAUCAAAGAGCUGUCUUUGUGCACGCACAAGGAGAUCAGGCCCAUCCUGCCGUGUUUGGUUAGGAUGAGCCUCAUCUCGCCGUUGGACAUAACGAAGGACUGCGUGGAGGGUAGAAAGCAAGUCUUGACGAUAUUGUCCGGCAUCGAGUCCGUCAAUUCUAUUAUCGCUUUGUUGUCGAUCGAUUUCCACGCUCUCGAGACCGACGUGCGACAGGAGCAGCAGUUGAGACAAAAGCUCGGUAGUGUGCAGCGAGACAGCGUGCUGGCCCAGUCCCUACAGAGUGGCCUGGCGCUGGAGUUUGAGCGCAGCGAAUCCAUUCGUCGGAUCAGAUUGGUGCUUAGCGAAAUCCUGUAUAUAGCGUCUCAGAUACAAGAGCUACAGAAGAAUCAGGAGUUCCAGAUCAAGCAGUCGGAUCUGUUCGACAAUGCAGUCUACAUGGAGGAGAUAAGUUAUGUGAUCUGCAUCGCGCUUGCUGAACUGCCAACGUUACUGUCUAUCCUGGACAUCGCGGAGACCCUCCUGCACGUCAAGCACGGCUCUGACAUUAUUUGUUGGAUCGUCGCCAACAGUCCGGACAGUUUCUCGGAGGUGUGCGCUCAUCUGAUCGCUAACGGGGAACGGCAGGAGGAGUCUGCAUUAGGCAGAAUCAGGACACAGGCGAUCACGAUGCUCUGCCAGAUGAAUCCGAGUCAAGCGUUGGCGAUCAGGGCUAAGUGCGUGGAAUUGUGCCGGAUGCCCGCUCUGGCCAUCACUCUGAGCUUGGAACACGAGAACACAAAUAGCUCGCAGCCCGAGAGCGACGUGGUCGCCUUCGUGUCUGGCUUGCUGCUUGGCAGCGACCAGCAAGUACGUUCGUGGCUCUCCAUGUUCAUCAGGAACGGGCAGAAGCGCAAGUGGGAGUCGCAGACGGCCCUGCAGUCGCUGCGGGAGGAGCUGCUCAAACGACUGCAGACGAUCGUGUCGCAGAGCACGGACAGUCAGCUAGCGGACUCGCAGGUCGUGCAGGCGAGCGCGCUGCUCAGGCUCUAUUGCGCUCUGCGAGGUAUCGGCGGCAUCAAGUUUCAGGACGACGAGGUCACGAUGAUCGUGCAACUCCUGACGUCGCAUCCGCCGCCGUCGCCGGCCGGCGUCAGAUUCGUGUCGCUCGGCUUGUGCAUGCUGAUCGCGUGUCCCUCCCUGAUCGGGCAUCACAAUCUGGAGAAGCGCAGCAUCGAAUGGGUGCAAUGGCUGGUGCGCGAGGAGGCCUAUUUCGAGAGCGCGAGCGGCGUCACCGCCAGCUUUGGCGAAAUGCUAUUGCUGAUGGCGAUACACUUCCACAGCAAUCAGCUGUCGGCGAUCUGCGAGCUGGUCUGCGCCACGCUCGGCAUGAAGAUACCCAUCAGGCCGAACAAUCUCACGCGGAUCAAGCAGAUCUUCAUGCAGGAGAUCUUCACGGAACAGGUGGUCACCGCUCACGCUGUCAAGGUACCGGUCACCGCGAAUCUGAAUGCUAAUAUCCCUGGUUUUCUACCGGUGCACUGCAUCCAUCAGCUGCUCAAGUCACGGGCGUUCGCGAAGCACCGCGUGCCCAUCAAGAAUUGGAUAUAUCGGCAGAUCUGUGCCAGCGUGCCGCCGCUGCAUCCGGUUCUACCGGCCCUGGUGGAGGUCUACGUGAACUCCAUCCUGAUGACGAACAACAAGACGUCCGAGCACACGAACAAGCCCAUCACCGAGAACGAGAUCCGCCGUGUGUUUCAGAACAGCGUGUUCGGGGCGAAUUUCGACUUCAAGAAAAGUCCCGCCAACGCCAUGCAGAUAGACGCCGACAAUAUGGACAUCGACACGUCGAAACCCUCUCUUACCUCUCAGCUAUUGCUUCUGUACUAUCUCCUGUUGUACGAGGACGUGAGACUGUCCAACAUGCACAUCUUCAUGUCGCAAGCCAGAAAGGUCAAGUCGUACUCGACGGAGUUUCUGUCCGAGUUACCGAUCAAGUAUCUACUGCAACUGGUCCAGCGGGAUCAGAUGAACUAUGCCAGUUUAUUCUCGCCACUUCUUCGGCUACUGGCCACGCAUUUUCCUCAUUUGUCUCUGGUGGACGACUGGCUGGACGAUGAGAUGAUUAACAUAGAUUCCGCGAUCGCGAGCUACGAAAGCACGAAAAUCAGCGAAAUCGCGAUCGUCGAGGCGUUCAGCCACGUCAAAACUUGCCCGUCGAGGACCGGUAGAUUGUUGAGACAACUGAUGGCGCUAAAACCGACUGAGAUCUGGCCUCACGCCGAGUUGAUAGUACACUAUUUUAAGGAUAUUCUCGACGAGCAGGUCCCUAGAUACAUACAAGAACUUUAUAAACAAGUGUGGCUCAGACUUAAUACUGUAUUACCGCGUUGUCUAUGGGUUCUCUCCAUAAACGCGCUGCUAAUAGAAAAUUCAAUAGUGAAGAAUGUCUUUUUAACACAAGACAAUAUCGUGUUAGAUCCAUUGCAAGUAUUGAGAUGUGACACGAGAGUUUUUAGAUGCGCGCCGAUUUUAUCCGUAAUCUUGAGGAUUUUACAAGCCACGUUAGCCGCCUCGCGAUCUCAAUUAUCCAGACAUAUGCUGGAUAAGCCCCUGACCGAAAAAAUCGGGCAGCUGACGAGCGAAACGGAAAGGGAGGAUUUGAGGAUAGCUUUGGUGGCGGGUCAAGAAAGCGCGGCAGUGCAGAUUUUACUGGAGGCGUGUCUGGAGACCGAGGAAGACAGGAAAACUCUCGGGCAAAUGUGGUCCCUCCGGGAAAUACGGAGUGUCGUGUGCUCCUACUUGCAUCAAGUAUUCAUAGCUGAUCCAUCUCUGGCCAAAUUAGUUCACUUUCAGGGUUAUCCACGAGAAUUGCUCCCGAUCACGGUUUCCGGAAUUCCGUCUAUGCACAUAUGCCUCGACUGGAUCCCGGAAUUAUUGUCGCAGCCCGAAUCGGAGAAACAAGUGUUCGCCGUUGACUUGGCGUCGCAUCUGGCGAUUCAGUACGCCCUGCCGAAGGCUCUGAGCGUUUCUCGGCUGGCGAUUAACACCCUGAUAACGCUACUGGGCGUGUUAUCGGCCGAGGAUCGAGUCAUACUCUUCAUGCCGGUGUUGUCGUCGUUGACGCGAAUAUGCCUGGCUUUUCCUCCAUUGGCCGAGGACAUCACGGGGUUGUUACUGCAGCUCGGCAGAGUCAGCACGGCUCAGGCGGCACUGGGUGAUAAAGCGGCGGAUCUGUUAUGCCAAGAAGUGAACGCGACAUUUUGCACGUUGCUGCAGAAAGCUAUAUUGCAAUCGCGAGUUUACUGAAAUGCGACUUGGCCGCAGUACGGGACUGUUAACCAUUUCGAGAGUUUUGAUGUAUUAUUUGUAUAUAAAUCUUCUGUAUUAUCCACCAUGUAAAGUGACUAUCAAUUUUGUAAGCUAUUUUUUUAAUCGAAUACGAAUUAGAAAUAUCUUUCAUACACUUGAUAGCAUUAAGCUACUACGAUAAAUUAACAGGACUGUUCGACUAUCUGUCGAUCGAAAAAUAACGAGUACACCUACGAUUAAGUCGAAGAUAUGAUUAAGACAAGCUUAUAAUUAGUACUGUUUCUCUGUAUCUAACAUCUUUUCUUAUACAUAUGAAAGUAUUGGUUGUGUGCAUAUUUAUUUUAAAUUUAAACGUAAGUACAAAAAAAAAGAAUUGUAUAUUGACAUCCCUAUAUCCUUGUCUUUUUAUAUAGACAAAAGCAAUUUUUUUUUAUAGUGAGAAAACAUUAACAUUUUCUAUUUUCUAUACUGUUGUGACAGAGAUAUGUGUAACAAUAAAGAGAGAUAUUUCACGUAUCCUCUA